GUUAACUUGGGUUUGGAGAAGGUAUUAGCCCAUUUAUGAAUAAAGAAACACACACAAAAAUGGGCCAGCCCUGUACAAAACCAACGCCAGCCCUAAAACCCUAAUUCAAACAUCCGUUCCGCCUCACAUUCGUCGCUGCAGCAACCUUCACACUGAGCCUGAGGCAAUGGCUCCCAAACAGCCAAAUACUGGCCUUUUUGUGGGAUUGAACAAGGGGCACAUUGUGACCAAGAAGGAGCUAGCUCCUCGACCCUCUGAUCGCAAAGGAAAAACCAGCAAAAGAGUGCAAUUUGUUAGGAGUUUGAUCAGGGAAGUUGCUGGUUUUGCACCUUAUGAGAAGAGGAUCACUGAGCUUCUCAAGGUUGGCAAGGACAAGCGUGCUUUGAAGGUAGCUAAAAGAAAGCUGGGCACGCACAAGAGGGCUAAGAGGAAGCGUGAGGAGAUGUCUAAUGUUCUCCGCAAGAUGAGGGCUGCUGGAGGUGGUGAGAAGAAGAAGUGAGGCAUGUGGUAGGGUUGUCUGCGAUCUCCUCAAUGCUAUUUUAGAUUCUAAGUAGUUGGAGGGAGGCUUUUGUUAUGUUCUGUUCAGAUAGCAUCUUUUAUUUUAAUUUUCUAUAAAUUGUUUUGUUUUAUAUAUGAAUUAAAUUUUAUGGGCCUCUUUCCUGAAUCUCAAUGUGUCUUAGCUUACUAGUUAUCCUAAUAAAAAUUGAAUGUCAAAGUACUAUAUUUUGAUA